AUGGAGGAAGAGCUGUGCACCUUGUUUGCAGGUGUUACUCAUCGCAAAGAUGAAGACAGGCUGGUGUUUUUUGAUCUGGAAACUACAGGACUUAACACCUCUUCAUGUGAUAUAUGCCAGCUGUCAGCUAUCUGUGGGAAGAGAGUCUUUAACGCCUACCUGUUUCCUCGCUGCCCCAUAGAUUACGGCGCCUCUAAAGUUACAGGCUUGACCACACAGGAUAAACAGCUGCUUCUACACGGACAACCAGUGGAAACUGUCCCAAUCAAAGAGGCUCUGAAGUCAUUCAUAUCAUUUCUUAGUACCGUCAAUAGGCCAAUCCUGGUGGGUCACAACUGUAAACGAUUUGACUGCCCUAUUCUGCUGCGAAUCCUGAGAGAGUUUGAUCUGCUGGAUAACUUCUUUGAUGUGGUGUCAGGUUUUCUGGACACACUGCUGCUCAGUAGAGAAAUGUUUUCUCUUCAGAAAUAUUCUCAGCCAUUUCUGGUCCAGCAUUUCCUUCACAAAACCUAUGGAGCUCACAAUGCUACCGAGGAUGUACGACUUUUACAGGAGCUCUUUACAGUCUGGAGGCCAAGCCCAAACCUGGUAAUCAGGCACACGUUUUACGAAAAAGGACCUAAACAUUUUUAA